AUGGUCGCGGGUAUGAACAUGUUCCGCCAAAGGUCAUUGCGUAGGCCGUGUCCAUAUAGAAACGAGAGAUUUUUCCUCGACCCUCAGUUCACCAGUUUGUGGUGUAUACAGUACAAAAAUGACUAUCUCGGCCACGAGAAGACGUUUGAAUUCUCUAUUGGGUUCGAGAACCAUUACAACGGUAUUGCCCCAGACUGUGCCGUAACCAACAAGAAAUGGGUUCAAGAUGUUGACACUUUGUACAUCACCCAUAAUAUUUGCAAUAGUCAUUGGGUGGCAGUUGAGAAUGACAAACCGGGGACUGCGGUGUAUACACCUGAAGUGCAUCGAGUGUUUAGCUCUUGGACGUUGUUUACCGGCAUCGACGACACGAAUGUGGGUGACAUCCGUCUCAAGUACGCUGCUGAGAUGAUGGAUGAGGUGGACUUGUCUGACUUCCUGCAACCGACAAUCCCAAAGACAAGCCCGUACCCGCGUGGUACAUCUGAUGACGCUCGCAGGGGCUGGAGACGGAUUCGUUGGAUUCGUUGUAGUGAAACCAUCGUUUAG